AUGGCUGCUCCCAUGAAAUUAUGGGAGCCUUCCAGCUCUCCACUUAACCAGCCGCAGCCUGAUUUUGAACAGCCAUCCCAGGAAGUGGCAGGAGAAAGCAAACAACCAGAACUCAAAUAUGAACUGCUCUCUGUUGCUAAAGAAGACCACCAGCUCCUUCAAGAGAUGGUGGUUAAUAGACUUGAGGAAGAAACAGAGAAUCAUGAACAGGAAGGUCUUGGACAUACAGAAGUGCAUCAGGUGUUAUCAGGAAGUCAAAGAGAAAGCAUCUUCCAAAAUGGUGACCUAGUUUGUCAGAAGGGUGAAAUGUCUCAAAAUAUCAAUUUAAAAACACCCUUUGAGGACAAACAGACAGAGGUCUCCAGGAAGAGAUGUUGUAAUGUGAGAGACCUCCAAGACAUUGCAGUCUCAGAGAAAACUGCACCAGGGCAGAGUCCUUAUCAGUGCACUGUGUGCAGGAAGAGUUUCAGCCGCAGCUCAAACCUUCUUCAGCACCAGCGUGUCCAUAUGACAAAGAAGCCUUGCAAGUGCAUAGAGUGUGGAAAGAGUUUCAGCCGCAAUUCAGCUCUGACUCAGCACCGUGAGGUGCACCGUGGUGAGCGCACAUUUCAAUGUGCAGACUGUGGUGACCAUUUUACACGCAGCUCCAGCCUCACUCUCCACCAGAAAACUCACCUGGGGGAGAAACCUCACGUGUGCAAACAAUGUGGGGAGCGUUUCCGCAGUGUUCCUGAGCUGACGUCUCACCAGGAGUUACACACAUGA